AUGACACGCGCAGUAGCAGCCGGCUGGAGAUCUCUCCAGUCUGUUGCUCGUCAGUCGACUUGUUGCCAAGCACGGAGCAUCUCGACGAGAGCUCUCCGAUCCACCCAAGCUCGACCUGUCGCCAAUGCCAGCCAAAUACUCCGACAACAGUUUAGGCAGCCCCAAUUAACGCAAAAGAGGACAUACAAGACUGUCGAGGAAGCGAAGAGCCGAUAUUCCAUUGGUCCCUUUUCUUGGAAAGCCGGCAUUCUUUUUGUCAUUACGUGCGGCGGUCUAGUAUGGUACUUUGAGUUUGAGAAGCAGCGCAUGCAGCGCAAGCGUGUCGCAGAGGCCACCAAGGGAGCGGGCAAGCCCCUCGUCGGUGGGCCUUUUGAGCUCUUAGACCAGCACGGGAACAAGUUCACGCAUGAGGAUCUGAAGGGGCGGUAUUCUCUGGUAUACUUCGGCUUUACCCACUGCCCUGACAUCUGCCCCGAAGAGCUCGACAAGAUGGCCGAGAUGCUCGACAUCGUCUACGAGAACCGCCCCGAUUCCUUAAUCCCCGUCUUCGUCACCUGCGACCCUGCCCGCGACGGACCCAAGGAGCUCAAGGAAUAUCUUGUCGAGUUCCACCCCAAGAUCGUGGGAUUGACGGGCACCUACGACCAGAUCAAGAGCAUGUGCAAGGCCUACAGGGUAUACUUUAGCACGCCGCCGAACGUCAAGCCGGGCCAGGACUACUUGGUGGACCACAGCGUGUACUUUUACCUGAUGGAUCCCGAGGGCGACUUCGUUGAGGCGCUUGGCAGGCAGCAUUCGCCGGCGGCAGGGGCACAGGUUAUUCUUGACCACAUGAAGGACUGGAGGGGACAGAAGAAGUUCUAA